AUGUACUGCAUUCGUCUUUUACAGAUUACCAUUCCUUUUCGGUCUGCGUUGAGUUUCACCGCCUUGUUUAAACCCUCACCGAUCUACCUGAAACUAGAAAUUGAUCAAGAUACGGGUUACCUGUUCUACAACAAGACAUUCUAUCAGGACACCGUGAUCAGUCGAAUACGACGCCUUUGGUCAGAUAUACGCGCCUCGCGUAUGGCGUUUGAUGCAACCCCGUCCAAAGGUAUGCUGGAUAAAGCGGCAGCUCGACCACUACAUCGAAUCUGGUCCUAUGUGUUUCGGGGUUUCUUGGCAUCGGUCCUGUUGCUCCUAUUCUGGCCACCGGUGUGCCUGAUCGUGUCUUCCCUGUCUUUACUGGUCGGUUUGACUCUUCCAAUAAUAGUUCCAUUUGCAAGUUUGACCUCUCAUUUGCUGGGGCUGCUCUUCUGGGAUGCAUAUAAACCCGGCUCGUCCGGUGGACAUCCUAGUGAUUCUUAUGGGGCAGCUCGAACUGUUAGAAUUGCGGUUGUGGCGUCGCCAGAUGGAAUCAAUGGCCGAAAAGCCCCUAGAUGCAUACAACUUGCCCUACGAAUGGGUGCCGAACUGACGGAAUGUUUCUACCGCAAUCGAAUAGUCACGCGCCUGCAAAUUCUGAAUCAGAAUCCCUCGACAUGGUGGUCCACGUUUUCCCUGACGAACGAGGAUUUUCUCGGUGAGUCAGCCCCUUUUCUCAAAACCGCAUUCUCCAUGUGCCGAUCACUGUUAUAG